ACUUUAAAUUAUGAUGACAAGAAAAUAUAUUACUCCAUGUCUAGUAUUGUCCAGAUGAAGGUUACCUGCAUCAAGCUUUACUGGAACAUACUCCAUAUUUACAGAUGCUAAAAGUGACCAUGAAGACUGUAUUUAUUUGCAUCUGCCUCUCAAGUCUUGUCUGGGCUUUUCCUAUUCAUGAGUCUCAAUCCGAAAGCUCAGAAAUUGUUGAGACAGACAGUAGAUCAUCAGAAUCCAGCAUCCAGAGUACUGAACAGAAGUAUUAUUCAAGGAAAGGCAUAACUUCCCAAUAUAAGGAAGAAGAUAUUAGUGGGACUGAUGAUGUAGCCACUGAUGACCAUGAUUUGACUGCUGUUUCAGCUGCAGUUGCUGGUGUAGGCCACUCAGUCGAGGCCUCAGAGGAAGAUGAACAGAUAACAGAACAGCUCACUCUGGGAACAGAUGAUACCAGUAAAGACAUUACGCAGACUGUAUGGGAGCAAAGUGAAACAGACAGUAUACCCCAUGCCGGAGCAGAUAUGACAGAAAGUGAAGAUCAAGCUGAGAAUGGCAGUAGCACUCAUUCAGAUGAUGCACAUCUAGAUACCACUGAUUUAGCUAUGAGUGCUGAUAAUGAUGAUAGUGAGGAUGAUGAGGAUAAUGAUUAUGAUGCUCCAAAUAUAUCUAGUGCCCACAACAGUGAUGCAAUUGUUGGAAAACAAAAUGAACACAAUGAUGACUAUGACAAUGAUGUAAUUGUCAAGAGUGGGGAAAGUAAACAGAGUAAAGACAAUUUCAACUGUGGUGAUAACAGCAAAGAAAAUGGUGAUAAUGAAAACACUAAAACUAGCCAAGAGCACAGCUAUGAAUGUGAUAUUGAAGCAAUGCAAAAUGAUGAUUCAAAUCCAUUGCUGCAUAGCUCCAGUGAUUCUAGCAUAAAUCUAGACUUAACUGUCAGUACAUCAAAAGAAAAGAGGACAAAUAUCAGUAGGAAGAAAAAAUCAAGAAAAGGCAUAAAUCAAAAGCAGUCCAAAGGAUUUGCCAAGAACAAAGUCAAGCACAUAUCAAAUAAUAAAGACAUGGGAAAGCUUGGUAGCAAAUCUGUAGAGGACCAUCUGAAUUCUGAUGAUACACAUAGCUUAGAAAACAGAGAUUCAACACUACAAGGAAGUAUGUUUAAAUUUCAUACCAAAUUUGAAAAACAGGUAAGUAUUUCCGUUGAAGAUACUCACUCAGAUGAAGAUAUCACUCCCCAAACCAAGGAUGCAAGUCACUCAAAAGAUGAAAUCAAAUUUAAACAAUAUUUUACCCCACCCAAGGAAUCCAACAGCAGGUCAAAAGAGGUGAUCAGUCAUUCAAAGGAGGAUGUUGUACAAUCAAAGGAAGAUGCUUCUCAAUCUCACGAGGAUGCAAGUCACUCAGAAGAACAUGUAAGCCUCUCAAAAGAGUUUGGAACUCAAUCUAAGGAAAGUAGUAGCACAUCUAAAGAGAUCCAAGAGCCAGGCACUCAAUACAAAGAGAGUAGGAGCACAUCAAAAGAGAUCAACCAGUUAACACAGUAUGCACUGCAACCAAAGAAAGAUGUGACUCUAUCAAAUGAGGAUUUGAAUCCCUCAGAAGAACAUGUAAGCAUAUCAAAAGAGUUUAGAACGCAAUCUAAGGAGAGUAGUAGCACAUCUAAAAAGAUCCAUGAGCCAAACACUCAAUCCAAGGAGAGUAGGAGCACAUCUAAAGAGAUCCAAGAGCCAGAUACUCAAUCCAAGGAGAGUAGGAGCACAUCAAAAGAGAUCCAAGAGCCAGACACUCAAUCCAAGGAGAGUAGGAGCACAUCAAAAGAGAUCCAAGGGUCAGACACUCAAUCCACGGAGAGUAGCACAUCAAAAGGGAUCAACCAGUUAACACAGUAUGCACUGCAACCAAAGAAAGAUGUGAGUCUAUCAAAUGAGGGUUUGAAUCCCUCAGAAGAACAUGUAAGCAUGUCAAAAGAUUUUAGAACUCAAUCUAAGGAGAGUAGUAGCACAUCUAAAGAGAUCCAAGGGCCAGAUACUCAAUCCAAGGAGAGUAGGAGCACAUUAAAAGAGAUCCAAGAGCCAGAUACUCAAUCCAAGGAGAGUAGGAGCACAUCAAAAGAGAUCCAAGAGCCAGAUACUCAAUCCAAGGAGAGUAGGAGCACAUCAAAAGAGAUCCAAGGGUCAGACACUCAAUCCACGGAGAGCAGCACAUCAAAAGGGAUCAACCAGUUAACACAGUAUGCACUGCAACCAAAGAAAGAUGUGAGUCUAUCAAAUGAGGGUUUGAAUCCCUCAGAAGAACAUGUAAGCAUAUCAAAAGAGUUUAGAACUCAAUCUAAGGAGAGUAGUAGCACAUCUAGAGAGAUCCAAGGGCCAGAUACUCAAUCCAAGGAGAGUAGGAGCACAUCAAAAGAGAUCCAAGAGCCAGACACUCAAUCCAAGGAGAAUAGUAGCACAUCAAAAGAGAUCCAAGGGUCAGACACUCAAUCCAAGGAGAGUAGCACAUCAAAAGGGAUCAACCAGUUAACACAGUAUGCACUGCAACCAAAGAAAGAUGUGAGUCUAUCAAAUGAGGAUUUAAAUCACUCAGAAGAACAUAUCAGCAUGUCAAAAGAGCAUAUGUCACAAUCUAAAGAGAUCAGUGAGUCCAAAGAGGACAUUAGACACUCAGUAGAGUCUGAAGAAGACACCACUAAAUCAAAUGAGGAUACAAUUCACUCAGAGGAAGAGGUUACUCAUUCAUCAGAAGAAGUUAGCCUGAUUAAACAAACUCAGAGUAACUCAAAGGAGAGUGAGAGGCUAAAAACAGGUGCUAAAACACAUAAUAACAGUCAAUCAAGGGAAGAUAUGAGCACAGAAUCAGAGGAAAUUCCUGACACUAACUCAAAACAGAGUGCUAGCAAAUCAGAGGAAACUGAUGACACACUAGAACAACUUCAAAGCCGUGAAUCAACAGAGAUGAGAUCCAUUGUGCUUGGAAACGGCACAGUGCAUGACAGUAAAUCCUCCAGCAAGUCAAAAGAACAUUUCAGUGUUUCUAGAGAAGACUCUACCAGCAAUUCAGUUUAUGACACCAAAGAAAACAUAACUGAAGAGGAUGAUGAAAGCAAUUCUAGAGAAAGUGCAGAAUCAAGAGAAGAGAGACCUAAUGAUUCCAGUGAGUCUGAAGAGGACGUGAGAGCAUCAAUAAGCAAUGAAAUUGAUAGCAGAAGAUUAAUGUUUGAUAUGAAUCGACGUAAAGCCAUAGGAAAUGAUAAUGACUGCCAAGAUGGUUACUAGAAUAUAAAUGAAGCCCUAGAGCAGGGAUCCCCAACCUUUUGAACCCAUGAGCAACAUUCAGAAGUAAAAGGAGUUGGGGAGCAACACAUG